AUGGCAAAGCUAGGUUUAACGGCAAUUGGUGGCGGUGCUCUUGCUCUGGUGGCUAUGGUGGCUACGGCCACAACACUCGCCCGUGCUGAGGUGGAUGACCCUGAGAAGGUGGACCCGUGGUUCGAUAGGCUUAGCCACGCCAAGCGCAAGACCACACGCCUCCACUUCUACUUCCACGACACGUUCUCAGGCAAGAGCCCCACGGCGGUGCGCGUUGCCGAGGCCGCGAUGACCAAUAAGUCCCCGACGCUGUUCGGGGCGGUCAUCAUGAUCGACGACCCACUGACCGAGGGGCCCGAUCCGGAGCCCCCCCUCGUGGGCCGAGCUCAGGGUUUCUAUGGCUCGGUUGGGCUCAAAUCGAUGACUCUACUCAUGGACAUGAAUCUCGUGUUCACGAGUCCAAAGUACAACGACAGCACUCUGAGCAUAUUGGGCCGCAACCCGGCGCUCAAGACCUAUCGGGAGCUGCCCAUCGUCGGCGGCACCGGCGUUUUUCAGUUGGCGAGUGGAAUAGCGACGGCAAAGACGUACUUUCUCAACCUCACCACCGGCGAUGCGGUAGUUGAAUAUAAUGUUAUAGCUAGGCAUUACUAG